ACCAACCAUGUGUACCCCCAUCACUAGGAAUAGGGUAUCCUACUGAAGUGAAGGAUGAGGGGAAUGGAGAAUUUCCUAUGAUGUCCAACCCCAAGAAGAAACCCAAGGUUCCUGCUGACAAUGGUCCUGGUAGGUCGGGUAGGAGGUUAAGAAAACCUCCACAAUACUUAACUGACUAUGACCUUACAACAGACUCUCUUUGUACUUUCAGGUUAGAUAUGCCUAGAGGGAGAAGUGAUUACAGAGGUCAGUGGGGCCGAAAUAGAUGGGAUGAGCCAAGAAGAUAUGACUGUCGUAGAGAAAGAAGCCGAAGCAGAGAGAGACCUAGCAAAUGGGGAAGAUGGGAUGAUAGGUCCUCAAGCAGAGAGACCAUUGGAUUACUACAAGAGGAGAGACACAGACAAAGUGCUCCGCCUAGAGUUUACUCCCCACCUCGUGACAAAAGAGCACGCUCUCCAAAAGUUCGCAAAGAUUCAGCUUCUGGUUCCAAGUGGACUCAGUGAAACAGACUGCUCAAGCCACAUCUGUGGCUAAAACCUUAGUGGACCUAAUAGGCCAGUUGACCAAACCACCCGUGUCAGCAUCUCAAACUUUGGCUGACUUGAAGGAUUUCGAUUCUCCUAGUAUAUCCAAGCCAGCUGAGGGUACUAACCCCACUCCCUCUAAGAAAACCAGUGAGAGAAGUGCACACGUGAAUGAAGUUGACCUAACUACAACCACUCAGGACUCUCGUGUAAUAAUUAUCCCUGAAGAGCUGACCGUCCCAACCAAAUCUAGCGUUAAAGAACCCUUGUGGGGCAAGGCCGAGCUGAAGAAUAAUACAUCUCAGAACUGGGGUUUGGGAAGGACCUUCAAGUCGAAGAAAUUUGUCAACACAAGUAGUUCUACUGACACCAGCAGUUCUGAUACAGAGGACUACUCAGGAAGUGAGGAAAAGAAAAGACUUGAUUCCAAGAGAUCAACAUCCAGAAAAACGCCUGACAAAAAUUUGAUUGGGAAAAGUUCAGAGAAAAAGGGUUCAGAUAAACCAGAGAAAAAGAGUUCAGAAAAGAAGAGUUCGAUACCAGAGAAGACUCUACCUAGUGUAGGUAAAGUCUCCGAGAAAAGAUUGUCUGCAAAACAGCCAGAAAAGAAAAAUGUGUGUUCUACGAAGCCAAAAGUUCCAGAAAAUCCCUUGCCAAGUAA